AUGGACGUGGAUAGAGGAAGUGGUCCCAAAGUGACUAUCAGAAAUGCCGAGCGUGAUCGCGUGGAUUUCAUGUUAAAAGAUGUGGACUUGGCCAUGGCCAAUUCCUUAAGAAGAGUAAUGCUCGCUGAAGUACCUACGUUGGCUAUAGAUCUUGUUGAAAUCGAAGUCAACACUUCUGUAUUGGCUGAUGAGUUUAUCUCGCAUCGUUUAGGGUUGAUCCCCUUGAAUAGUGAGGGUAUUGAUGGGUUAUCGUAUUCUAGAGAUUGUACCUGUGAUCAAUAUUGUGCCAAUUGUUCUGUCAAGUUAGAGUUGACAGCUAAAUGCGACACUGAAUCCACUAUGAAUGUAUAUGCCUCUGAUUUGGCUAAACAUCACAACGGUUCUGUUUUGGGAGACCCUGUUAUCAGAGAUCCUCAUGGGAAGGGGCCAUUGAUUUGUAAGUUAAGAAAACAUCAAGAGUUGAGAAUAUCAUGCAUUGCCAAAAAGGGUAUAGCUAAAGAACAUGCAAAAUGGUCGCCAUGUGCAGCUAUUGGGUUUGAAUAUGAUCCUUGGAAUAAGUUGAAACAUACAGAUUAUUGGUACGAGAACGAUGCAGAAUUGGAAUGGCCCAAAUCUGAAAACUGUGAAUGGGAAGAAGCUCCUGAUCCAGAUGAACCCUUUGAUUAUAAGGCUAUACCUUCAACAUAUUAUAUAGAUGUUGAAACUGUGGGUAACUUGCCACCCAAUGAUGUGAUCUUGAAGUCUAUUGAAACGCUACAGUUGAAACUAGCAGGUAUAUCUAUGGAGUUGAAUAAAGAUAGUGUUGAAGCCAGUAAUGCUCAAUCUGGUGGGUUCACGACUUAUGGUAGAACUACUGGUGGUGGUAACUCCAAUGGUGGUACUCCUUAUAACGAAAACGGCUUUGGUAACUCAACAUGGAGUUAA